ACAUUAAUGAGUGUGACUAUAGUAUUUGUGGGAAAGACUCAUUCUGCUUCAACACGAUUGGCAGCUACUACUGUGUGUGCCACCCUGGGUUUAUAAAUUCAAGAGGGAAUAUUAACUUCACAGCUCAAACUGGACAGUGCAUUGAUACCAACGAAUGUUUAACAAAUAAAAACAUCUGUGAUCAUUUGUCUAAAUGUGAAAAUCUAAUCGGGAGCUAUGCCUGCAACUGCCAGUCUGGAUAUGUCAACAUAAAUAAUAACAAGACUUCACAAUGCAAAGACAUAAAUGAAUGCGAAGAAGCUGAAAGGAAACAUGAAAAUAUCUGUGGAGAUAAUGGGACAUGUAUGAACAUUAAUGGGAGUUACUGGUGCAUCUGCAAAAAUGGAUACACCAACUAUGGCAAUGACAGGACACCAUGCUCAAAGCUCAGCUGUGACAGAUUUACAGCCAGCAAGACUUCACCGACACUUGGAGGCCUGGCAGACAUAUUGUCCCUGAUGAGGAACAGCUGUUUGGCUCUAUCAGACUCAACUGUUCCUGGAGGGAAGGCUGAUGGAGAAGCGCUGCUAGAGAAACUUUUGACGGCGACUGAUGAGGUUCUGUCCCCCGGACCCGUGGGGAGCAGUAAAGGUGUGAGCGGGCUGCUCGGAGCUGUGGAGAACUCCAUUUUACUGAUUGGUCCUCAGCUCAAAGUCAACACCACCAAGAUGGAGACCAAGGAGACGGUUGCACAGAUUGCUGUAAGAAAAGGGAAAAGUCGACCAACUGGACCUCUCCAUUUGACCAGUGGAAGCACUAGUCUGAGCACUGAUUGGUCAACAGCACUAGGGACAGGACCAUAUCCUGGUUUUGCGCUCGCUGCAUUGUUAAGCUACAAGAACCUUGAGGGAUCUAUGAACAGAUCUUUUGAGAAGCUCCAAAAAGCUGAAGAAGACGUGUCCUUCCAGGUUUUCUCUAAAGUUGUGUCUGUUGUGGUUUCUAAUCCGUCCACCCAGAACCUGAGCAGUCCUGUCAACAUCACCUUCACACACCUACAGGGGGGAUGCAGGUUCGUUGCAGGGAUGCUUCAUUUCUUCUUCCUGGGCGUGAUGGCCUGGAUGCUUUUAGAAGGGGUCCAGCUGUAUCGGAUGGUUGUCCUGGUGUUUAAUGCCACCAUUCGUCCCCUUUACUUGUAUGUCUUUGGUUACGGGGUCCCGCUCACUAUUGUCAUCCUAUCUGCCACCAUCAGACCAAAGGGAUAUGGCACGAAGCAACACUGCUGGCUGUCCCUGGAAGACGGCCUCAUCUGGAGCUUCUUUGGCCCCGUGUGCAUCAUCAUCGUCCUGAACGUCUUUUUCUUCACCGUCACUGUCUGGAAACUCGCGCAGAAGUUCUCCAGCCUCAACCCAGACCUCUCCAAGUUGCACAAAAUUAGAGCUUUCACUGUGACCGCCAUAGCCCAGAUGUGUAUCCUUGGUCUGAUGUGGGUGUUCGGAGCCUUCCUGUUUAAUAAGGACAUGAUAGCAGUGGCGUAUAUCUUCACAAUCCUGAACAGCCUGCAGGGUGCCCUGGUCUUCAUCAUGCACUGCCUGCUGUCCAAACAGGUGAGAGACGAGUAUGCUCAGUUGCUGUCCUGCAUCUGUACACCACAGAAGAAGAGCUACUCGGACUACAGCAGCACAAAUCCCUCGAGCAGUCAAUCACAAGGUUCUCGGAGUGGACAGCUCACUGGAGAGUCCAACAUAUGAAGAGGUCAAACUGUGCCUCAGAGACAGAUUAUCACAGUCCAAACUCUGAGUCACUUCAAGCUGUUAUUGUUUUUUACUUGCUAGAAUUGUACAUGGGAGAAUUUUCAUUUCAGACGCAUUACAGUGUCAUUUAUUGGUCAGUGAAGGGYAAAAAAUUAAGUUUGACUGCAAAUGAAAAAAAAACUUUUUUAAUGCCUGUAAACUAAAUGGGAUCAACUAAAAAGGGAGAUGUUAUUAUUUUUUAACCAGGAAUAUUUUAGCUGUUAGCUGUUAGCAAUGAAGACAGGAGAUGUAAUAAAUAAUUUAUCAACAAAACUUAGGCUUCAAAUUAGGUUUGGAGAAUUUUCUACAGAGGGCGUWAUAAAGUUUUGGUGGUGAUAAAAGGCGCCCCCUGUCCCCCAACAGAUAGAUUGCAAAUUCAAAAUGUUUUUGACACACCCCUCUCAAGUCUGAAAAAGUUAAGAUGUGCAAAAAUGUAAAAAAAUAAAAAAUCUAAAUGUGAUUUGCAAAUUUCAUAAACCCAUAUUUUAUUCACAAUGGAACAGUAGUCUUAUCAAAUGCUGAAACUUGACAUUUUUGUGGAAAAUAAUGGCAGCAGCAAAUUUCCAAAAUGUUAUAACAGGACCAACCAUCUCCUCUUCUUCUAACAGCAGUAAACAUUAGCUGUGCUUCCACUGACCAUGAAAAUGCGCAAAUUAGAUUUUCGAAAAUAAAUUUGCUCAAUGGAAACACGUCAAUGUCAAAAACAAAAUGUUCGACAAAAUGUUUUUGCUCUARGAUGAGGCGGUUUUUCCUCCGUAUCAAAAUUGGUGUUUUUCACAAAACUGCAAUGGAAACACUUUUUUCGCAUCACGGGAGUCACGUGAUCA